AUGUCGCCUUCUAUACUCAUGGACCUCUCCGACGAUUUCGUCGUGCCGACUGCAAAAGCCCCUCCGUCCUCUAAACGGACCUUGCUACUGUCGCCACCGUCCCUUUCAUCCCACCAAGAGAAACUGGACGCUGUACUGGAAAUGCACGAUAGAACCAUGACAGAUAUGCAGAUGCUGGAUAGACUGUCUCUUGGCCUCGUCUCCCUUCCUCAAUCGACAUACGACCUUAUCAUGAUCCUUGCCGAUGCCGAUGGGUCUCGUCGCGAGAGUCAAAGUUUGUUGAGUCGGGAGAUACUUGCUUUGCUGGCCAAAGCACUCAAGAGUGGAGGACAGUUGCGAAGUCAAGAUGGACAAUUUGGUAGCCUUGAUGGAGUGGAGAAAAACGAAGCCAUCCUCGCCGGCUUGUCUUUCCAGCCAGGGAUCGGAUUUCUCAAGCCCGACUUUGGAGUGCAAGACUCUGUUCCGUUGAAGUUUGGAAGGAAAAAGACUGCACAAGCCACCGGUGGAUUAAACACAAACGGCGACUCUGUUUCCCUCCCGCUCAAUGGCAAACGGAAGAGUGUGGACGCGGUCCUUGCCGGUGUAGGGUUCGAUGAUGGAACGAAUGACUCAGACGAUGAGUUGAUUGAUGAAGAUACCUUGCUGGAUGAAGAAGAUUUGAAGAGGCCUAUCAAGAUUCCCACCGAAUGCAAGCCGAAAGCGAAACGGCGGCGAGCAUGCAAAGAUUGUACAUGCGGGCUUGCGGAAAAAUUGGAAGCAGAAGAUCGAGCCAGACGAGAGAAAGCGGAUAAAACGCUAAAUACGAUGAAACUACAGGCCGACGACCUUGCCGAAGUCGACUUCACGGUGCAAGGAAAAGUCGGAAGUUGCGGGAACUGCAGCCUAGGCGAUGCUUUCCGAUGUGAUGGAUGCCCGUAUAUUGGUCUCCCCGCUUUCAAGCCUGGCGAGGAGGUCCGUCUCUUGAACAAUGAUAUCCAACUUUAG